GAUUCGGUACCUGUUGAUGCAGCAGUCGGGGCUUUCUGUCAUUGUUGAAAAUGCUUUUAAUCCAAAUUGCAUUGUUAAUAGAGAGGCUUUGUUAGCUUGUGUAACUCAAAUAUAGACAGGAAUGGGCACUACAGUAGACAUUCGGUCUCUAAUGGAGUGACAUUGGCUGCACCUGUGAAUACCCGUGACAAGUUUGAAUGACAGAAUGUUAUCUGUCAUACAUCUAAAGGACUGCCUACUGACUCACUCAAUCCGACCUCAUCCAAUACCUUUUGAAUACCGAUGCUUUUCCGAUUCCUUAGCCUCCCAUAUCUGAAAAUAGGCUGCUCCCUACUGCUUUUCUUUGGCUAAUUCCUUACCAACCGGUGUAUCCAGUUCUUUCCCUCUCUUUCUUUCUUACUUGCAUUUGGUCUAAAAGUUGAAUCUUCCUUGACGUAGUUCUUGCUGUAGAAAAUAAAAUCCAGAUUUACGCAGUCUGUGUUGUACUGAUCAGGUUACUUCAUUGAUACAAGGAAGAUAUAUGCGGGGGUCGCAUUUGGGGUGGAAAAGUUGACGGGCUCAGCACGGAGGAAGUGACUACCAAAGCUACUUAUGAGGGGUGUGCUGUUCUGCUCCUAAACUUUAUUCCGUUUUAAUACCGGAUAGGAACGUGUGAUACCCAAUAGAUGUUUAUUUUUUUUGGUAGGCCUACCGCACUUUUUCGAAGGAGAGAAGCCCCUAAAUUAUUUGGGUUAUUGUCUAUCAAAUACAUAAGAGCCUACUGAGGAUUUCAAUUUUCAUUUUGAAGGGCGGUGAAGCUUUCAUUAACGACGAUUACUGAUUAUCACUUGCAUAGGGGAGACACUAAAAGCUCUCCCCAGACUAUGGAAACAGAGGCAACUGAUAGAUACUCUGCAAGUAACGGAGACUGCUCUCCCAGGAAGACAGAGAACUCUAGAAUGCUGGUGGACUUGUCAGCAAUCUCGCCCAAUGGACAGCGGCCCCAGGGUCCUAACUCACCCAAUGGACAGCGGCCCCAGGGUCCUAACUCACCCAAUGGACAGCAGCCGCAUGUUCUUAACUCACCCAAUGAACAGCGGCCCCAGGGUCCUAACACACAUACUGAACAAACAAUCAAACAGGAAGAUGACACAGGAGAUGAGGGGGACAGGAGAACCACAGCAGAAGAUAUGGGCCAAAGCGGGGAAGAGGGGUCAGGGUUGGAGGAUCCCAUGACUGACAGCCCUACCAACCAACAGGAUGUGAUUCCUGGUUCUGAUGGGUCAUGUGACCCAGGGACUCGGCUUCCCAAUGGUGAUAGGCCGUUCCAGUGUAACCAGUGUGGCGUGUCGUUCACUCAGAAGGGAAACUUGUUGAGACACAUCAAGCUGCACACAGGGGAGAAGCCCUUCAAAUGCCCCUUCUGCAGCUACGCCUGCCGCCGCCGCGAUGCGCUAACUGGCCACCUACGCACACACUCAGUGGGUAAACCACACAAGUGCAACUACUGUGGGCGGAGCUACAAACAGAGGACGUCAUUAGAGGAGCAUAAAGAGCGCUGCCAUAACUACCUUCAGGGUGUCCUCAUGGAUCCUACCUCCAACACUGGGCCUUAUCCAGGGGAAGUUGCUAAAGAGCAGAGACCCCUGACAGAAGCCUCGGCAAUGGCAACCUUCGAUCGGCCACCUGUCAUCGAAAGACUGCAGAGUAAUGUGGGGAAGAGGAAGAGCUCCACGCCACAGAAGUUUGUGGGUGAGAAAAUAAUGCGCUACAGCUACCCAGAGCUGACCUAUGAGAUGGGUCUGAAGUAUGAGAAGGAGGCUGAACUGAUGCAGGCUCACAUGAUGGACCAGGCUAUCAACAAUGCUAUCUCCUACCUGGGCUCUGACUCGCUGAGACCCCUGGUCCACCACCCUCACCCCCAUGGCCCGCAUGGUUCACACCCGGGCCUCUCAAUGGCUGAGGUGGUACCCAUGGUCAACCCCCUCUACCCUCAUCACAUCUACCCCCUGGGACCAGGGGCCCGCAUGGACCGGCCGGGUAGCCGAGACGCCCAAUCCCAUCCCUCGGCUCUCCCACCACCUCCUCCUGAGGUACCACCCUCCUCCAAUGGGCCCAUCUCGUUCACCAGACCCAAACAGCCUCACCCCCAGGGGGCCAGAGAUGAGAGGGAGUCCCCCACCAACAGUGGUCCGGACUCGGUGGACUCCGCGCGGAGCAGUCCACAGGAAAGGCUGGGUUUCCACGGAAACAACCACCACCCCCGUCCCAGAUCCAGCUUGGCCUACGGCAGCAGAGAGGAGGGGCGAGGCGGUGCCGAAGGAGGCGGAGUUGGGGUGACGGCAGAGGUGGCCCUGGGAGGGGCCGCUGAAAGGCCUCUCAGUCGGGACGGGGUGCGCGUGUUCGGGCGCGAGGGCCGGGAGGUUAGGGUGUUCCAGUGUGAGCACUGCCGGGUUCUCUUCCUGGACCACGUCAUGUACACCAUCCACAUGGGUUGCCAUGGUUACAGGGAACCACUGGAGUGCAACAUCUGCGGCCACCGCAGCAAGGACCGCUAUGAGUUCUCAUCUCACAUCGUCCGAGGGGAACACACCUUAAAGUAGAGGGUGCCUCCACGUCGCACCUCAGGACCAUAAAUCCAACAGUGUGGACAGCCAGGACAGAGAAAACAAACAAAAUUUACAAACCAAUAUACAGUGAGUAGUUCUAGUUUUUAGUGUCUGUUUAUUGCUCAUUACUGUGCUGUUGAACUUGUUUGUUGCCACACACCCAUGUAAGGGCUCAACAUAUCAAUGGGGCUUUCCCUGAAUCCACCACUCAAACCAUACUUUAGAAAAUGAUCUGCUUUCUUACAUGACAUCCUAAAAUAUAGAUCUUCCCUUACUUACGUCAAAAGCCUUGCUUACUGUGAAAAUGCACAUACAUGUUGUCACACUAGCCACAUUAAAAAACUCAAUUAGGAGGAAGUAAAAAGAGAGAGACAGAGAGAGAGAGAGAGAUGAGAGAAACAAGAGAGCGAAAAUAAGAAAAGGUGAAAAGAGUAAGGGUGGAGAAAGGGAGAGGUGCAGAGUAGGAAAGCAGGGCUUACUCAUAAUUAACUUUUUCACACGUCUGUAGAUUUGAUAUUGUUUCGGUCACAUCAAAGCUACAGAUGUUAGGACUUAAUAUGAUCAGCCUGAUGUUGCCGGAAACGUCUUGCCCAGCAGUAAAUGCAAAUGUGUAGUUUAUCACUUUAAAAUGUCAAUUUGACUCCACUUAAAAUAUAUUAAUUACAAUCCUUACCAUAAUUCACCUUUUCUGUUGAAACAUAAUCAUUGUUGCUACUGUAAUCUUACUGAAAUCCAGAGUUUUUCCAUAAAAAUGAAUCUGGAAUCAUCCAAUCCAGUAUUUCUGGAAAACCUAUGAAACAGGUCAAAUAGAGACCCUUCACAAGAAACUAUCUGCUUUCCUUAGAACAGUUCCUGUAACUUUUUCAGUUUCACGCCACUUCACAGAUGAAAGAGAUAGCACUGCGACCUGCCUUCCUCCCUAAACCUGUUCUUGAACUAGCAGCCUGAUGCCUUGAGGAAAGGAGAGGACGGGAAGAAAUGAGGCACUCCCUGUCUCGAUUCAGUAGUACCUUUACAUCUCCAGCUUGCCUUUACCUUACUCAUGUGUCUAAUAAGGAACAUGCUGCUUUCUGCAAGUGCCAUGUCAGUGCAUGCAUUCUACUGUACCCCAGGGUUGGAAUCGGUGCCAUUUUAUUUCAGUCUGUUAAAAAGAAAAUCGGAAUACAGUAUGGAAUAGCCGAUUACCUGAUAAAGUCAUAGAACUGGAAUGGCAUUGUUCCCGACCCAGCUGUACAGUGCAUGUGAAUGUGUUGAUAUAAGGACUGUGCCCAGUACAAGAGGCAAUGCACUUUAAGCGGAUGCACUGGUACUGUACUGUUAGGUAGACAGCACUGUGAUUUAGUGUUUACUAAGAGCCUUAAGAAGGAGGAUGCCAAUGUGUGGAAAUUGUACUGAUGUGGAUCAAAUAUGAUGAUACAGGUGCACUUGGACAAAUGCAGAAGACAUUGUACAUGCUGCUCUUUAUAUAAAUAGAUAUAUAUAUAUAUAUAUAUAUAUAAUAUAGCUUAUAUUUUGCUGGCAAAAUAUGUAAUGUUAAUGCAGCAAAUACCAUAUUUUGAAUUGUCACUCUCUGUUGUCCUGAUGGUCUUUGGCAAUAAGAAUGGCCCUAUUUUUUUAGGCAGCUUAUUUCUGUUUACAUGACAGUGGCAUGAACAAAUAUCUACUUACAUUGCAACAAACUACUGUACUUCUACUGCAACAGCUUACUGUUCUGUAAACUUAAAGUAUUGGCAAUGGCAACUGUUUACAUCUUUCAGCUAUUGUACUAUCUGUUAUGUACUAUUGUUCAUUCUACAUUGCCUCAAUGCAUUAUUUUUUUUAAAUGAGUGCUCCAAUUUUUGUAUUUACCUACCAAUGUCUUUUAUAACAUAUCUGCCUAUAGACGUUCUAACACACCGAUAUAGACAUAUAUUCUUUGUUAUAAUGGUCUUGAAUCUACUGUAUGUCUGCCUAUAUUUUCUGAAGAAAUCCACAAACUACUAUAUAUGAAGCCAACAUGAUGCAAAGGAUGUAGAAUAUGAAAAAUGUCAUCCCACCUGUAGCAAAGUCCACAAAAUUGCUUUAAUAUAAGUUACAAAAUAUAUUUUGGAAAGGCAAUUAAUGUUCUAUUUGUCAUUUUAGAUACUCUUACUGUGUUCUGUUUCAUUCCAUCUAGUUUUUAUUUUCUUCCAAAAUCACUUAUUUGUAAAAGAAGAAAAAUGCUCUGACAACUCUACCCAUGAGGGAGCGUGCAUAAGCACCAAGGCUUUACUUUUGAAGAAUUUUGCCACAACAAAAAAUCACUGGGAAGAAGAAAAAAAGAAAGAGAUUGUCAGUGAAAGUAAGACCGGUAUUUUGUGUAGUCCAAGUUUUUUUUUUUUUUUUGCGGCAGCUCUUACAAAAUGUCUACAAUACGUAGAGGCCUUAGCUCAAAGUGCUUUUUUUGUUACAUCAAUUUUAUGUUGUAUGAGCCGUCUUACCUCUGUCAGUACAAUCUUGUUAAAGAAUGAUAAAUAUACACUACCGUUCAAAAUUUGGGGUCACUUCAAAAUAUCCUUGUUUUCAAAAGAAAAGCAUUUUUUGUCGAUUUAAAAUAACAAAUUGAACAGAAAUACAGUGUAGACAUUGCUAAAGUUGUAAAUGAAUAUUCUAGCUUGUAAUGGCUUAUUUUCAAUGGAAUAUCUAAAUAGGUGUGCAGAGGCCCAUUAUCAUCAACCAUCAGUCCUGUUUUCCAGUGGCACAAUGUGUUUGCUAAUCCAAGUUUAUCAUUUUAAAAUGCUAAUUGGUCAUUAGAAAACUAUUUGCAAGUAGUUUAGUAUCUGGAGCAUCAGCAAUUGUGGGUUUGAUUACAGGCUCAAAAUGAGACUAAGCCCCGAAUAUAUUGUGAUCCUAGCAAGGCAUCUGCGUCACUCUGUUCUUGUUCUGAAAAAAAACUCAACAUCUUGUACAACGUUGUGUUGCGCAAACGGUCUCUAACCAGAAUAGAAAGCAGAAUGACUGGCCUCAGUGUGCAGCUGAGCAAGAGGACAAAUGCAUUAGAGUGUCUAGUUUGAGAAACAGACGCCUUACAGGUCCUCAACUGUCCUCAACUUCAUUAAAUAGCUAGGUACCCGCAAAACACCUGUCUCAAUGUUAACAGUGAAGAACCAACUCUAGGAUGCUGGCCUUCUAGGAAUAGCUGCAAAGAAAAAGCCGUAUCUCAGGCUGACAAAUAAAAAGAAAAGAUUAA